UCAAUCAAUCAAUCAAUCAAUCAAUCCUCCCAUUCCCAUUACAUUGCCAAAAGGUUCUAUUCUCAUUCUCUACAUCCAUUUCCCUUUCUUUCCUUCUUCUUCCUCUGUUUCUUCUUCGUUUCCUUGAUUCAUUUCUCUUUGCUUAGAAAAUGGCAGACUCUGAGGACAUUCAGCCACUCGUAUGUGAUAAUGGAACGGGAAUGGUUAAGGCUGGGUUUGCUGGAGAUGAUGCUCCAAGAGCUGUGUUUCCUAGUAUUGUAGGUCGUCCUCGCCACACGGGUGUGAUGGUUGGGAUGGGUCAGAAAGAUGCUUAUGUUGGUGAUGAGGCUCAAUCUAAGCGUGGUAUUUUGACUUUGAAAUAUCCAAUUGAGCAUGGCAUUGUUAGCAAUUGGGACGACAUGGAAAAGAUUUGGCAUCAUACUUUCUAUAACGAGCUUCGUGUUGCCCCCGAGGAGCACCCGGUUCUCCUAACUGAGGCUCCUCUUAACCCAAAGGCCAAUCGUGAGAAGAUGACACAAAUCAUGUUUGAAACUUUCAAUACUCCAGCCAUGUAUGUUGCCAUUCAAGCUGUUCUGUCCUUGUAUGCAAGUGGUCGUACAACUGGUAUUGUGUUGGACUCUGGUGAUGGUGUCAGUCACACUGUUCCUAUAUACGAAGGGUAUGCCCUCCCACACGCCAUCCUUCGUCUCGACCUGGCAGGUCGUGAUCUCACAGAUAACCUGAUGAAAAUUCUCACUGAGCGUGGGUACUCUUUCACAACAACUGCUGAGCGUGAAAUUGUGAGAGAUAUGAAAGAAAAGCUGGCAUAUAUCGCUCUUGAUUAUGAACAAGAGAUGGAAACAUCCAAGACCAGCUCGUCCGUCGAAAAGAGCUAUGAAUUGCCUGAUGGACAGGUGAUUACCAUUGGGGCAGAAAGAUUCAGAUGCCCCGAAGUUCUUUUCCAGCCCUCCAUGAUCGGAAUGGAAGCUGCAGGCAUUCAUGAGACUACAUAUAACUCUAUCAUGAAGUGUGAUGUGGAUAUCAGGAAGGAUCUGUACGGUAACAUUGUCCUAUCUGGUGGUUCAACCAUGUUCCCCGGCAUUGCUGAUAGAAUGAGCAAGGAAAUCUCAGCCCUCGCCCCUAGCAGCAUGAAGAUAAAGGUUGUGGCCCCACCGGAGAGAAAGUACAGUGUCUGGAUUGGAGGAUCCAUCUUGGCAUCCCUUAGCACCUUCCAACAGAUGUGGAUUGCCAAAGCGGAAUACGAUGAAUCUGGACCGUCGAUCGUGCACAGGAAAUGCUUCUAAAGGAAGAAGAAAUAGGAAGAAGAUUCAUUUGUGGUGGAAGAGAUGGAGCAAAAAUGGUGAAUGAAAUUUUGAGAUGGUAUGGAUUUUAAUUGAUAAAAUGGUUCCAAAUUCUUUCAAUAAUAUUAUGUUAUUGAAAAGUCUUUUUUUUCACAAUCUGUCAUUAUUUUUCCGAUUAUUUUUUCCCUCGAGAUUUAUCUCUCAAUGGGAUUGGGCUUUAGAGGGGUUUUAGAUUUUUAUAUGGUUUGUUUUCUUUUACUGAUUCAAGAAGUCUACAGAAUAUUGAAGUUUAUGAAGAUUUAAUUUUUCUGAACCAAUUAUGUAUGUAAUAUAAUUUUAUCAAGUAGUACUUGAUAAAAUAUUAUUUAUGACACUUCCUUCAUUCUUUAUU